AUGGGAAGCCAAAUCUCUGAGAAAUAUUACGCAAGGGAGCCUAUUGCUAUCGUGGGCACUAGUUGUCGUUUCCCUGGAGGUGCCUCGUCGCCAUCAAAACUAUGGGAGCUUCUCGACAAUCCAAGGGAUGUUGUACAGAAGAUCCCUCCUAGACGGUUCAGCACCGAGGCCUUUUAUAACGCUGAUAGUCAGCAUCAUGGGGUGAGUCCCUCGGACUUGAUAAAAGGGUUGAGGCUUACUCUCCAAUGGAGCACAAAUGUUAAGCACGCCUAUCUACUUGAUGAUGACCCGCGAGGGUUUGAUCGCGAUUUCUUCGCGAUUAACCCAAAGGAAGCAGAGGCAAUGGACCCUCAGCAACGCAUUCUCCUAGAAACAGUCUACGAGAGUGUUGAGUCAGCAGGAUACUCGAUCGAACAGCUUCGAGGGUCAUCUACCGCUGUGUUUGUGGGAUGCAUGAGCUUCGACUACCAGUUUGCUGCUAUUCGGGGAAUCGACAGUACCCUGCCACAAUACCAUGCGACCGGUGCGGCUAUGUCUAUACUUGCUAACCGUGUAUCAUAUUUUUACGACUGGAAAGGCCCUUCAGUCGCCAUCGACACAGCGUGCUCUUCCAGUCUUGUUGCCUUGCAUCAAGCAGUAUCUGCUCUCCGUAGCGGAGACGCCAAGCUGGCUGUUGCAGCAGGAUCAAAUCUGAUCCUCGGACCGGAACCGUUUAUUUCAGAGUCCAAGUUGAACAUGCUGUCGCCUAAUGGGCGAUCAUACAUGUGGGAUGCCUCAGCAGACGGAUAUACGAGAGGCGAGGGCUUUUCUGUGCUUCUCCUUAAGACUCUAACUAAAGCCCUUGCGGAUAGUGACCAUAUCGAAUGCGUUAUUCGAGAGACAGGCGUGAACUCAGACGGAAAGACACCGGGUAUUACAAUGCCUAGCUCGAAUGCUCAGGCCCAACUUAUCCGAGACACUUACGCAAAGUGUGGACUAGAUCCGAAUCGGGAAUCCGAUCGUCCUCAAUUCUUUGAAGCCCAUGGUACAGGCACACAAGCAGGUGAUCCUAUUGAGGCUCGUGCCAUCCAAGAAGUCUUCUUCCCAGAUCACACACAACCCACGGAUAGCAAGCUUCUAGUUGGCAGCGUCAAGACGGUUAUUGGUCACACCGAAGGGACUGCUGGACUUGCUGGGGUGCUCAAGGCUACAUUGGCAAUUCAACAUAGCCAGAUUCCAGCCAACCUUCAUUUCAACGAACUGAACCCAAAGAUCCGACCGUAUUACGACAACUUGCGGAUACCUACAGAGACAACUCCUUGGCCAACACUUUCCCCCGGGGCCCCUCGCCGUGUGAGUGUGAACAGCUUUGGCUUUGGUGGAACCAAUGCCCACGCCAUAGUCGAAAGCUGGGAUGGCCCUUACGUGCGCGAAAGAAGCCCUGCGCCUAACGCCAUUGGUGCCGGUCCCUUUGUCUUAUCCGCAAACUCGAGCCAAGCAUUGGCGGCAAACGCUGGAGCUCUAGCCGAGUACCUUAAAGAGCACCCUACUACGAAUCUUGGCCAACUCGGCUACACUCUGUUCAAGAGAACAAAUCUGCCUUUUCGGGCUGCCUUCUCUGGUUCUUCGGUGGAGUGUCUCGUCGAAAAGCUCCAAGCGGGCAAAGAAUCCCUUAAGAGCAACUCACGAAUCACAACCCUUCCUGAAUCGUUACCUCCCCGAGUACUUGGUGUCUUCACAGGACAAGGUGCACAGUGGGCCAAAAUGGGCGAAGGGCUUUACCAGACUUCUAUGGUGUUCAGAAAUUCGGUGGAACAGAUGCAGCACAGUCUGGACUCACUUCCAGAAAGUGAUCGCCCCAACUGGACUCUUGCCGAGCAGCUUCAUGCACCCAAAGAAACCUCUCGCGUCGGCCAAGCCACAGUAUCGCAACCUCUCUGCACAGCCAUUCAAGUCGCUCUUGUGGAUGUUCUGCAUGUUGUCGGGGUAGAGCUCUCCGCGGUUGUUGGUCACUCGUCUGGUGAGAUAGGCGCAGCAUAUGCUGCCGGGUAUCUGAGUGCUGGAGAUGCUAUCCGCAUUGCCUACUACAGGGGCUUCCACUCUCACUUAGCUCAAGGUCCGGGAGGGAAGCGCGGGAGUAUGAUGGCGGUUGGCUUGUCGUACGACCAAGCGUUGUCAUUCUGCAACGAGCUUUCCGGAGGCAUUACUGUGGCUGCAAGCAACUCCUAUACGAGCUGUACCUUGGCAGGCGACGCCGAAGUUAUCGAAGAGGCCAAGUCUCGUCUGGAGGAAAACGGCACCUUCGCCCGAGUCCUAGCAGUAGACACGGCGUAUCACUCUCAUCACAUGAAGCCAUGUGCCACUCCCUAUCUCGAGUCAUUGAAGCAGUGUGACAUCCAGGUUCAAAAGCCAAAGAAGGGUUGUGCUUGGUAUUCUAGUGUUUGGGGGUCAGAUGGUAGCAGUCGCUCCUUCAAUACCGAGGGUGAACUUCUUCAAGGCCAGUAUUGGAUUGAAAACCUUACGCACCCUGUUCUUUUCAGCCAGGCUUUGGCGAGAGCCCUCAACGAAGACCAAUGCUUUGACUGCGCUCUCGAAGUUGGACCACAUCCGGCUCUGAAGGGCCCCAGCUUAGAAAUCAUCAAGACAUUGACUGGGGUCUCUCUUCCUUACUCGGGAGUUCUAAAGCGAGGAGAAGGUGCAGCAGAGGCAUUUGCUGAUGCCCUGGGUCUCUUGUGGAAAUCCUUCCCUUCGUCUCGUCCUACCAUCACCUUCAACGGGAUAUGCCGCGCUUUCAGCGCCGUCAAACCAUCAUCAAUGACCAUUUUGAAGAACUUGCCAAAUUACUCAUGGGAUCAUGCCACCCUCUUUUGGAAAGAGUCCAGAGCCUCGCGGAACUUCCGAACACCAAAACAUGCGCCUCAUGAACUCCUGGGUCGUUCUGUCUCUCAUGGCGAGCAUUCCAGACGAGAGGUUCAUUGGAGGCAAGUUAUGAGACUGAGGGAGCUUCCAUGGCUGCGCGGUCAUAAGAUCCAAGGCGAGAUUUUGUUUCCAGCCUCUGGCUAUCUUUCAAUGGCGUACGAGGCAGCGAUACGUCUUGUUGAUGAGCAGCAGUCAGUUCGUAUUGUUGAGAUGCAAGACAUGGAUAUCGUACGUGCCAUGAGAUUGGAAGAUGAUACCUCGGGUCUUGAAGUUCUCUUCACCAUUCAUGUCACGAGUCAGAGUCAAAGCUGCAUAAAUGCGAACGUGGCCUGCUACAGCGGUGCCGUCGAUGCGCCUCAGCCCCUAGAUGCCCACCAGACCGAGCUUACAGCUCAUUUCAACGGACGUAUCCGGCUUUGGCUGGAACAGCCCUCGGCCUAUACUCUACCUCUUCGGAGUGAGCCUCUGCUGCCUAUGAGUGAGCUGAACAUGGCACAGGUCUAUUCGUCCUUGUCCAAAGAAGGAUUUGAUUACUCUGGGGACUUUCAGGCCAAAUCGAUGCUACGCCGACUCGGCCAUACGGUAGUCACCCUUUCUUCCCCUAGUCCGGUUUCGUGGACUCAUACGCUCACUCACCCUGCCCCAAUCGAUACUGCUGUUCAAGGCCUCCUAACCGCCUUCUCAUUUCCUGGAGAUGGCCGCAUUGGGACGACAUAUCUUCCAACUCGUAUUGAAAGUGUUAGGAUCAGCACGGCCCCAAGCGAGUCCGACGCUCCUAUUCUCAAAGCCGACAGUGUGGUAACCUUGACUGAUGUCACUACCAUCACGGGCGAUGUGGACAUAUUCGACGCCGCGAGUUGUCACACACAAGUACAAAUGCGUGGCGUUCAAAUGACGGCCAUCGGGAAACCACCGGACAGAUGGCUUUACGCUGGCAAGAUCUGGGCAAGAGAUAUCGCUUAUGGGCUUGAACCUGGUUCAGGGACCCAGUUCUCUGACGAUGAUCGACUAUUGUAUGAGCAACUUGUGAGAACGGCAUACUUCUAUUUGCGACAGCUUCGAUCCAAGAUUAGGCCUCCUGAGUUGAUGCUAAUGGGCAAGUUCCGAAGGCAUAUGAUGAGAUGGGUCACGGAACAUCUGUUCCCUCAGAUUGAGAGUGGUCAACAUCCGGACAUUCGGACUGAGUGGAAAGACGAUACACUGGAUACGGUCCAGCGAUGGCGCAACAGUCGACCUGCCGAUAAUAAUGAUAUGAAUCUUUUACACGCCAUGGGCCAAAGCUUGAUACCCAUCGUUCGUGGCACUGUCCCUCCUUUGAAGGUGCUCGUACAAGACGGCAUGCUUGAUCGACUCUACUUUGAAGGAAUAGGAUUUCGGGAUGGUAACGUCGACUUGGGCGCUAUCGUUAAGCAGCUUGGUCAUGAGCAUCCUCGAAUGCGCAUCGUCGAGGUAGGAGCCGGUACAGGUGGCACUACCCGUACCGUGCUGGAUGCCUUGGAAACUCGAUACGCAGCCUACACCUAUACAGAUAUUUCUACCGGCUUCUUUGAGAACGCUCGCAGCGUUUUCAGCCAACACGCUAGCAAACUCACCUUUAAAACACUCAAUAUCGAAAACGACCCAGUGGAUCAAGGCUUCACGGAAGGCUCGUUCGAUAUGCUCAUCGCUUCCAACUGUCUGCAUGCAACUCACAGCUUGGAGAACACCCUACGCCAGUGUCGAAAGCUCCUACGGCCUGGAGGACGUCUGGUUUUGCUAGAGAUCACUCGUGACUUUCUACCCAUUCAGAUGAUCAUGGCUACUUUGCCUGGAUGGUUCCUUGGCAUGGAUGAAGGACGACUCUGGGCACCCACUGUCACCCUUGACCGAUGGGACGAGAUCCUGAAGACCACCGGGUUUUCAGGGGUUGACAUAAGCUCAACUCCUUCUUACUGUUCUGUCAUCGUGUCUCAGGCUGUCGAUGAGACGGUUUCUGUACUAAGAAACCCGCUCGCCAGCCCUGAUGGUGUGCCAUCGCUCAGUGAGAUCGUCAUCAUUGGUGGUGUGGGCUCUGGGCUUGCUCCUCAGAUACAAAGCCUGCUAACUUCUACUAUUCCGGUUGAGACUCGCAUUGCGUCCAGUCUCGAAGAUGUCGAGGUAAACAGGGGAUCAACUGUCCUCUGUCUUGGUGAUCUAGACAGCCCUUCAUUCUGCAAUAUGGAUCAAACGAGGUUUGAAGGGUUGCAGAAAGUCUUCCAAGCAGCGAAUGCGGUUCUUUGGGUGACUUCGGGUGCCACAUCCGGGACGAACCCCGAGGCUAACAUCACUGUCGGUAUGGGAAGCACGUUGAUGGCUGAGCGUGGAGAUCUCAAGCUUCAAUUCCUCGACGUGGACGACCCGACCACCAUUGAUCCAUCUAUGUUAGCAAGAAUGCUUCUCCGUCUUGCUAUCUUGGAUCAGUCUAAGUCUGAUGAAACGUUGUGGACUAUAGAGCCCGAGCUUACUCUGAAAAACGGGGCCCUGUACAUACCCAGAGUACAGCCUUUGGAUGUCAUCAACCGUCAAUCCACUGCGAGAUAUCGGCAAGUCAUCGAGGAUAUUGAUCUUAACUCAGCAAGCCCAGUUGUAGAUCUUGUCAAGUACCAGGACUCUUGGAAGCUACAGAGUAGCCCGAUUGACAGUACCCGGGUGAAUGGAAUAGAAGUGCGAGUUACAGCUUCGUCCCUUCACACCCUCAGCUGUGAGGGGGGCAAGCCUGAAUACAUCUUCAUGGGUCGCGAACUCCUAUCUGGGGACAAUAUCAUUGGUCUCUCUGCGUCAAACAGCUCCAUUGCUAAUAUCACUGAUGACCAAGUGUUGCAUCGCUGGCAAGAUUCUCAGACCGGUGCUAUCAACGUGGCACAGCUAUCCGACUUGUUGGCAAAAGCACUAGCAGAGAACUUGCUACGCAAUACGACAGGACCUGUGUGGAUCCAUGGUGCUCCAAGUAACCUCAGUGAGGCCAUCGGGGAGGUUACUAAAGAAGAAGGCCUCGAUGUUUUCCAAACAACAUCAGAUCUUGCACAGGUUGCCGCAUUCAAUUUCAUUCACCCUUAUGCCACCAGGCAAGAUAUCCAAGACAAACAACCGAGCGGUUUGCGCAACUUUGUGGAUCUAGAACAUUCAGAAUUGCGCAACGAGGCGCUGCACACGUCAGUAGCCGCCUCUCUGCCUGUUUCCGCUAUAUCGCACAGAUGUAUGAUGGAUCUUACCCAUGGCAUUAACCGGUCCUACCUUGCCAAAUUGGCCGCAAGGUGUCUCACCGAAGACCGAAAGAGUUCGGAAGACCAUUCACAGGUAAUACUCAUUGACAGGAUAGCGUCAGAGAGUAGCAAAGAUUUGGGCCCAACAACCGUGAUUGAUUGGCAUGCUGCCAAUACCGUCACUGCUCUGGUCAGACCUCUCGAGCACCGUGAUCUCUUUUUCCCGAGCAAAUCCUAUCUUCUUUUCGGGAUGACAGGUGAUUUGGGAAUCUCGGUGUGCAAGUGGAUGGUCGACAAUGGAGCACGAAACGUGGUUCUAGCCAGCCGGAAUCCCAAUGUGCCAUCUAGUGUGCUCAACUUCAUGUCGCGAAAGUCGGCUACAGUUCGUGCUCUGUCUGUCGACAUCACAGAUAUGGAAUCGCUCUGCACAGCACGAGAGGACAUCGAAUCUACCAUGCCACCUAUUGGCGGUGUCAUGAACGCCGCCAUGGUACUCCGAGAUCGUCUUUUCCACGACCUGACCUGGGAGGACUUUGCGGCGGUACUGGGACCCAAGGUGCAAGGCACCCAGAACAUCAACAACGCCUUCGGUCAAAAAGAGUCAGCCUUGGAUUUCUUUGUUUGUUUCUCUUCGGCGACUUCGAUCAUCGGAACUGUCGGUCAAUCUGCUUACGCCGCCGCGAAUCAUUUCAUGGUCAGCCUUGUACAGCAGCGAAAACGACGCGGUCUUGCUGGUUCAAUUGUUCAUAUUUCAGUUCUUACAGGGUUGGGAUAUAUCUUCCGGCGCGGUUCAGAACAUACGGCUGUCAUAGAUAAGGCUUUGCUCCCGCGCUUGGAGAGACAGGCAGAGACGGAUCUGCACGAGAUGCUAGCAGAGGCAAUCGUUUGUGGGCGUCCCGGCUCGAGCCAACCACCUGAGCUUAUCACUGGUAUCAAGGCUGUCUUCCAAGGAGAAUGGCGUGACGACCCACGCCUUUUAGGCUACCUCGGCCAGCAGCAGCUAGGAAACGACUCAGCCAAAGAUCAAGCAGCUGGAAUGGUCAGUGUCGAGACCCAACUCGACGCUGCCGAUGAUCCCGCCGAGUGCUUGCCCAUCCUUGAGAAGCGCUUUGCCCAGGCUCUGGGUAACAUGCUCGAGAUCGACCCAGAGAAAGUAGAUGGUAGCAUGCCGGUUGCUAGCCUAGGUAUUGAUUCGCUUGUGGCUAUUCGGAUUAGAGAAUGGUUCAUGAAAGAGUUAGGUGUUGAAGUGCCGGUGCUCAAGAUUAUGUCUGUGGGACAUUCUUUGUCUCGGGUGUGUGACGAUGUGCUUGUUGACUGGCGCAGGGUUAAGAAAGAAGGUGAGCUUGAGGAUAAGAAGUGA